AUGUUGGACCUCGAUACAACGCUAGACAACAUUAAGAACUGCCGACCAAUCCUGGAAGACCACGUGCAGGAAAUAUGCAGCAAGGUGAUCGAGAUCAUCGUCGAGGAGGCCAAUAUUCAGCAGGUGCACACGCCAGUGACUAUUUGUGGCGACAUCCACGGCCAGUUGCACGACAUGAUCACGCUUUUUAAGACCGGCGGCGAGUGCCCCGCUACCCAGUACCUUUUUUUGGGUGACUUUGUCGACCGUGGCUUCUAUUCGCUCGAAAGUUUGCUUCUUCUCCUCACACUCAAAAUCCGGUAUCCGGACCGCAUCACAUUGAUAAGGGGCAACCACGAGUCGCGGCAAAUCACCACCGUGUACGGCUUCUACGACGAGUGCUUGCGGAAAUACGGAAGCGUGAAUGUGUGGAGGUACUGUUGCGAAGUGUUUGACUAUAUAUCCUUGGGCGCCGUGGUGGGCGGUCCAGGCGGUGUUUUCUGUGUGCACGGCGGGCUAUCUCCGGACGUAGACACUGUAGACGAAAUCCGCAAAUUGGACCGCAAGCAGGAGGUGCCACACGAGGGCGCCAUGUGUGACUUGCUUUGGUCAGACCCCGAGGACGUGUCUGCCUGGGCAGUUUCGCCGCGAGGCGCCGGUUACCUAUUUGGCGAAAACGAGGUCAGCCAGUUCUGUUAUACCAACAACAUUUCGCUCAUCGCGCGGGCGCACCAGCUUGUAAUGGAGGGGUAUAAGGAGAUGUUUAACGAGACGUUAGUCACGGUGUGGUCUGCACCUAACUACUGUUACCGGUGCGGCAAUGUGGCUUCGAUUCUCACCAUCAGCGACGACAUGCUGCGACAGUACAAGGUGUUUGAGGCGGUGAACCAGGACAUGAGCCAGGUGCCGAUGAGAAAGCCGGCAGUGGAUUACUUCAUAUGA